CGUAAUGGUGCCGGUUCGACGCCGCCACCCAUCACGCUUACGCUUCGACAAAGGAGAAGAAAUACGGUGGGAACUGAAGCAGCACCCUCAUUUAUACCCUCAUCAACCAGUGCUCCCGUACGACUCUCCGAAAUGGCUGUCAACGGACGACAUUCACCGGCUUCGAAGAAGCUACCGCCGCUACCGGCCGAGACAGCUAUGCCAGCGGCGUCAGUCAUUGGUACUCGGAGGAAGUGGCUCCCUGGAUUUUCAAGGGGCAGCAGCAGCUUGAGGAACAGGGCCAAUUAGAAGCUGCGCUCUGCAUCAUGAAAGAAAGCAAAGGCCGCAAGCGGAUACCAAAAUCACCACAAUCACUAUCACGAAAGAUUCUUUUUUUCUUUGUCAUUGUAUUAACACAGGAUAUGUCAGCAUUAUAAUGAAUCAGAGUAUGCAUUAUUCUGAGACUCUAUCCAUGCGCCUCGACGGGCACCUUUUCUUUACCUUUUCUUUGCCUUGCCUCUUAUCCUCUUAUGUUGUAGCAAACAGCCAUGGAGCGUAAGAGACUUGGCCCACCAUCACAUUCUCUUCAUUUUCCUUUUUUGUCUCUUGACUUUUUGACUUUUGGUCCUUUCGUCUUCUUCUUUUAGCCACAUAGCAAGCAUCGCACGAGGAGUCGGAAGCGUGUACUACAUGUGUGUAUUUUUUCUUCUUUUUUUGGUUCAUGAUGCAUGACGAGGGAAAGCAAAAGUGAGGCCUUCGCAGGUACUCGGUUAUGAUUUUUGACUUUUGUGUGAUUUGUUUACGGAUUGAUGAGAUAUAUAAUCUACAAUAUAAUUUUACCUUUUUUAUUCUCUAC